GGCUCUCGGUCAGCCAUGUGACAACUACCAGGACUGGCUCUACGUCACACGUGACUGGCGAGAGCGAAUGGACCGAGGGCAAGCCAGGGGACGACACCGCAGACAGCCGUGAUGAGCUAUCCAGACCAGGAGCCAAUUUAGAUCAUGAUGAUCACAGAGCCAUGCUCAGCCAGAGCACAAUGGCAACAUCAUCGUCAUGGUCACCGUCGCCAUCGUCGUCAUCGUCAUCAUUAUCCUCGCUCUCUCCUCCGCUGAUGGCUGUUCUGGGAUUUGGCGUGUUUGCUACCGUCUCGCAAGAGCAAGGGCUCGUCAUCCACAAGCUCAGUGGUGGCGGUAAUGGCUUUGGCCGGGUGUGGACCGAAGAGCGUGUUGCGCUUGAUCGGCGGCUGACGGAAGCGCCGGAAGGCGGGAAGGCGGCUGUCGGCGUGCCGGUUCGAUGCACGCCGCCGCCGUCGCGGGCGACGAUGGCGCUCUCAUCACUUGGCUCGUACCUGGCGUUUGCGCCCAAGGGUGGGCGGCAGGUGACGUUGGUGACAACGUCUACGGCGACGUCGACGGCGACACUUCCACUGGCGGACGCGAGCCUUGUCUCGCUCGCCUUUGCACCCGACCCGACGUCGUCUGCGCUGGCGCUGGCGUGCUCCGACGGCUCGAUCCGUGUGGUGCGGCCGCAUGUCUGCUCGACGACUCUGGCGCUCAAUGUGUCGGUGGCGGCGAUUGUGGACACAGGGCACCAACCGGCGCCGUCGAUGCUCUUCUGGGCACCGUCGCACCCUGCGCUCGCCUGCUACUCGGAGCUUGUGGCUGCCGAGCACGCCGCGGCGAUUGGAGGUGAGCAGCGUGCGCCCGAGCCGCACUUUCCGUUUGGCACCAAGCGAGUUCACGUCCUUGGCGCAGUUUACGGCGCAAGGCUCAUGCUGUGGUCGCUCACGGCGGCCGGAGCGGACGAGCUGGUGCGGACGCGGCGGGCGUUUGACGAGCCGAUCCCUCUGCCGCUGGCUCCUGCGGCGGUGGCGCCCGGUUCGAUCCACACCUACCCCGAGUCACCGGGCCACCUCUCGUUCUCGCUCCGGGUGUUUGGCGAGAACGGGCGACUGGCGUCGCUGCUGGUUGAUCUCUCACCGUGCGUGGUGGCGCACCGGAUGCAUCCGAGCAUCCGAGCGUGUGCCAGUGCCUCGCAUGACGUUCGCAGCGGCGAUCGGUACCCCAUGCCGCUACCGCUCUAUGACCCGACCGCGUUUCCGGUGAAUCUUCCGGGCUGCGGCGACCACGUGCUGUGCGAGGCGUCGUCGUUUGUGCAUGCCGGCCAGGCGUUGGCGGCGGUCUCGCCGACGCCGCACAACCUCAGCUGCCCGAUCACUGGCGAUCGAGUGCAACUGGUUGCGCUGGCGCGGAGCCGCCCGCUGGGCGUCACGCUGUGGCGGAGUGCCAAGCCGGGCCUUGUGGCCAACAUGCUCGCUCCCGAGUCCAACAGCAUCGGGCUGGAGUUUGUGACGUCUGUUCCGGUUUCGGCGCUUGCCUGGCUGCCGGCCUCCGCCAGCGACGAUCCGAGCACCGCGCGGUUUGUGGGCCUUGGCCUUGACGGCGGGCUUGUGAGCGGUGCUGUGUGUCGAGCAUUUGCGGUGCCUGCCGCUACGGUCUCGGUCACGUUGAGCGUUCUCGUUCCAGCGCCGCUCGAGCCGCCUGUUCCGGGGCCGCCGCUGGUUUUUGCGGCACUGACGCCGCAGAGCAUGGAUGGUGCGGUUGUUGUCGCCUGCGGCUCGCCGCACGGGACGCACCUGCUCGAGCUGGCUUUCGGCAGCGAUGGGGAGGCCGUCGUGGAAGGAACCGGGUAUGAGGCAUGGCCGAGCCCCACACAGAGUGUGGGAGUCCCUCACUCGGCGCUGGCCUCGAGCUGUGCAACUAGCGCGUGUCCUGCGCCGGUGUACGAGCUUGCUGCACUCGGCGAGGCUGCUGAGGAAAAGGGCGGCGAGUGUGAGCCGCUAUCGACGAUCAAGCUUUGGCGGGUGGAGCGCGAGGGGGCGGCGCUGAGGCUCGAGGGCGUGGAGCUCUCGGCGCCGCUUGUGGUUGACGGCAGUGCAACAGCUGUGGAGCCGUCGCCCGACGGACUGCGUCUUGCUUUGCUGGGGCGCGGACCGAGAUGGCCGUGCGUCUGGGAGGGCAUAUCUCAGCCCGGCAGAUUUGUACAGGAGGGAAUGGUCGAGCUCGCCGAAGUAGAGACCGAGGUGCGCGCGGCGCGGUGGUGGCCGGCGGCAGUCUCUGGGGCGCUGCCUGCUCUAGCCAUUGCAGGCGACGGCGGGAUGGCGGUGGUCAAGGCCGCAGCCUCGGGCGGAGUUGUCCGCGGCUUCAAGGUGGUGGCCGAGCUCGCUGGCGGGAGCUGGUGGCGCGCGGCAGGUGGCGCUACUGCGCGUGGGCUGGCCAUGGCCGAAGACGGCGAGGUGUUUGUGGCGAUGGGCGGCGGCUCUGUGCUGGCAGGUCGCGUCGACGCCGCAACGCUCCUUGCUGCGCCGUCGCUCCCGGACUAUCACCCGGACGUGCUGCAUGCCCGGGUGUGCGGCGGUGAGUUUGAGCGUGUCGAUGAGGUGCUGGAGCACGUGCUCGCGUUGGCGGGUGAUCCUGCUGGGCAGCAGCGGUUAAUGCGAAGCGUGUCGGACUUGGUGGCAGGCAGCGGCGAGUCGAGUGGUAGCCAUGUGGCGGCGCAGGCCGCUGCUGUGGCGAGCGAGUCCGACUCGGAGUCUGGAUCCGAUGACUUUGCGCUGCCCGGGCUGAUGGGCUCGCGGAUGCCUGCGGCGUUUGGGGCAGACAGGAGUGGAUCUGCGGCAUUUGCGCCAGUUCUUGCGCCGACUAUGGUCGUCGAGGACGAGCCCUCGCUGUACGAGCGGGUGGAGGCCGAGCUGAUGCAGGUGGCGCUACCCGGGCUGAGUCCGCUCGACCAGCUCAAGCUUACAGCACUUGUGUCUGCGCUGGGCAAGGCCGAGGGCUACGCGCGAUCGCUUGACAACGCUGGGCGGCAGUAUCUGCUCGCGCUGCGGCGGUUCCGGUUCCUCGCGGCGUCGACGGGCGGGCGGUCUGCGGAGCGGGCCUCGCAAGUGUCUGCGGCGGACGCGCUCUGGGCUACGGCGUCUCAGUGCCAGGAGCCACUGGUGGAGCAUGUGCUGAGCGAGGGUACACCUGUGGUGUGGCGGCACGUAGCGAGCGCUGGAUUUGGGUGGUGGGUUGGCUCGCGAUCGUUGCUGGAGCGCGGAGUGGAGGCUGUGGCCAAGGCCGAGUUUAUUGUGGGCAAGGACCCGUCGCAGGCUGCGCUCUUCUACCUUGCGCUGGGCAAGAGUGGGGUGCUGAUGGAGCUGUACAAGAACGCCAAGGGCGGCGACGAAGCGCACAACAUGGCGAUGGCCAAGUUUAUGCAGCGCGACUUUGGCAUGGCCAAACACGCCAAGGCGGCGUCGAAGAACGCUUAUGCACUGAUGGGCAAGCAACGGUUUGCCGCCGGACCGCCGCCGGCAUCGCUGCAGUGGAUCCGGGGCUCGACGGCAUGGCCGCAGGCGGUGGCGGCGUUGCUUGCGCAGCCGCCACUCUCGUUUCAGCCGAGCGCCGGACCUGCGGCACAGCCGUCGCAACUGAGGGCAUGGACCGGUCUGAUGUUUACGUACCUCGCGUCGGAGCGACCGGAGCUUGCAGCAGCAGCGGCCGGAUGUGCACUGGCACUUGCGGAAGCAAGCGGCGCAGGCGCGGACGUGUUGACUGGCGGCGGAAAGCUUGGAGUGUCGGAAGUGGCGUCGCGAGUGGCGGUGGCGGCUCUCGGCGGACUUCUUGCCGACUGGGUGACCGAGUGGAUGGCCAGCAGCGGACACCGCGAGGUGGAUGAGGCUCGAGUGGCAGAGCUUGCCAACGCAAUGACUGCAGUGAGCGGAGUUGAGGCCUUCGACGGAGCGCUGGAGCGUGCGCGGCUCCUUGCGCGAGUGCAUGGCAGUGUGGUGAAGAGAAGCCCGGACGAGAAGCUGACGACGGCGUGUUUGGUAGUCCGCGACCUCGUUGUGGCGCUGGAAGUGUGCACGCGCGAUGGGCCGGCAGCAGUGGCCGGUGCGCAUGUAGCGCGGGCGAUGGACGAGUGUCUGCGCCUCGGCGAGGAUCUGACAGGCGAGGGCGAGGCUGAGCACGUGUGGGCGUUUGUACUGCACGCACUCGAAGUUGUGGGGCGGUCAAUUGCGGUGUGCUGCGCGCUGGAGGUGGGUGCGCUUGCGGCCGCGGCAGAUCUUGUGCACACGCCGCUGCCGGCGCUCGGCGGCGGCAGCAGUGGCGACGUGGCCGACAGUGUUGGAGCGGGCGGGCGGUGCCUGGCGGCGGUAGCGGUUGGCGGCGGAGGCGCGGCUGCUGUCGACGGCGGGCCGCGCGAGGUGCUGCGGAUGCUCCUGGCGGCUGCGCAUGCGGACGACAUGGCGUCGGGGGUGACGAGUGCGAUCCGUGGUGCGGCCGGGCUCAAGGUGUCCGAGGCGAGUCUGAGCACUGUGCUGGGCCUCAAGAAGCUGGAGAGCCGUGCAGUGCACAUUGUCGGUGAGUGGGCAAGGAGAGUAACGGAGCGCGGACUUGCGGAGCGCGAUCGAUUCGAGCUCGGGGCUGAGUCAUAUGUGGAUGGGCAUGGCGGCUCUGAGGUCGGGCUCGGCAAGUAUCUUGGCUCUGUGGCCGCGCUUCACUUUUCGGACCAGGAUGAGCGGCAGGCGUGGGUGCGUAUGAUGCAGAUGCCCGGGUCAGACGGAGUGGUGUGGCGGGCGCUCGGGCUCGGGACCAGCGGCGGGCUGGGAGGUGGGGCCGGCGAGAGGCUUGUGGCUGGUGCGCCGGAGACCGGGCCCAAAGCUGUGGUGGGGCUCGCCAUGAUCGAGAGCGCGGGAGCGGUGCUUGUGGCGCGUGCGGGCUCUGUGGAGGUGGUGCAGAUGGAAGAAGCCGCGGCGGGAGCGAGGGGGACGGCGGACAAGUCACUGGUGUCGUCGCCGUUUUCGGCGCACGCGAUGUACGGGCGGCCACGUGCAGCUACGGUGUCUGUUGCAUCACCGCUUGCAGGCGCAGUGUCGAGCGUGUCGUGUGUUGGUGUCUCGCCGUGCUCGCGGUACGUGGUAGUGUGCGACAAGGACGGUGGCGUGGGCGUGUGGCAACUGGGGCGAGGCCUGGAGGCCGGACAGUUGCAGACGCCUGUGGCGAGCGGUGCGCGUGGGGUUGUUGCGGUGAGCUUCUCGCCGAGCGGGGCGAAGUUUGCGACGCUUGAUGAGAGCGGGUUGCUCUCUGUUUACCGUGUUGUGGUGCAGAUGGCGGUGAGUGCGUCGUCCGCGGUCCGGGUAGCGCCUGUGGUCAAGCUCUGCACGCGAGUCCGGGCGCACGAGCGGAUGGACGGGACCGGCAGCGGCGGGCUUGCGUUUCUUGGGAGCGAGACGGUGGUGGCGACGACCGGGCCAGACUCGCGGGCAUCGAUCAAGUUCUGGGACCUGCUGCUGGACAUGGAGAGCGGGCCGGCGUCGCAGGUGUGCGUGAUGGGCGCUGUAGACGGGGUGCCACCUGAGGCGGCGUCGCCUCGGCGCAAGACGCGCGAUGUGUCUGGCGGCGGAACGUGCAUGGUUUACUCUGGCGCGGCACACAUGCUGAUUGUGGGGACGCGUAAGGGUCAGCUAGUGAGUGUGCGUGGGCGCGAACGGCUGGAGAAGGAUCUUGUGCGGGCGCAUCCGUCGAGUUCUGUGUCUGGCUCCGAGGCGAGAGUGACGGCGCUCGGACUUGAUGAGAGCGGCGAGCUGGCUGUGGCCGGGCUCGGCAGCGGCGGGCUUGUGGUGCGGAGGGUGCGAAGUUUGGAGGUUGUUGCGGUUCUGGAUGGUGUGCACACCCGGAGCCGUGCGCUGUUCAAAGCUGCGGCGGUGCGGAGCGUGGUUGUACUUGGGCAUGGCGUGAACCAGAGGAGCGUUUAG